AUGAGUUCAUCGGCAUAUAUUGGUGAUGAACCACCACCACCAUACUCAGAGACCAGCAAUGAUUCUAUUCCCUCUCACCAAAGACAGCAGCCGCCGAAUCCGACUACAGACCAGCCAUCCUCAUCACGGCCUACCCAGCUCUCCACUUUCGCCAUCAGUAUCAAGCCAAAUACUCGCCCGUCGGAGAUACCCUACCCAUCCGAGUGGGCUUCGAUGCACCAUGUGAGCCCUCAGGACUGGGAUACCUUUACUGGGCGUCUGAUCCCCGAACCUGUGCACCAAGACAGCAAGUGCCUCUCUUACGAGCGCAAGAGAGCGAUCGAGGCUGUCAUCCAGGAAUGGAACGAGACCUACUUCGAGCCGAGAGGUGUCAAGAUCACAUUCGAGGAGUAUUCACACUCCCAAACAGGCGGCCAGUCGAGUUCGGGGGCGUCAUCCAGCACUACUCUUCCGCCCACAGGCCAUCCCGGGCCAUCAUCUGAGCCCCAAUCACAACGUCCUCCACAACCAUUCCCAGAUCAGCUACCUCCUCGACCAAGCGGACAACCCUCUCGCAAGUACAUAUCCACGAGACAAAAGUUGACGAAUAAGCUGAAGCAGGUUGCUCAAGAAAACGACAUCACUUAUUCGCCCCAACAUUUCCGUGUCGGCCAGAUGUUCACCGUUGACUCCAAGAAGAUCCAGAUUGGCAGGCUGAACGUCGACGACCGAGGCGUUCAGUAUGGAGGAAGGCCAAUAGGCCCUCAGUUCCCACCCGGCUACAUCGGUCAAGCUAUAAAUCCCCAAAAUAGACCUUCUCACAUGAAUGGCUAUGGGCAGAACGGCCCCGGCAAUGCGUCUGGUUAUCAAUAUGCGGCUCAGCCCCAGGCAUAUUAUGGUCAUCAAGGGGACAACCCUCGCACUCUCAAAUGA